CAGAGAUAAACAGAUUAUACAGAGGGUAGAUGUCUGUUUGGAAGAGGUACAUCUCUUCAAUUAUAAAAACAAAUAUGUGUAUGGUUAAUUCGAAAUAUCACAACCUUUCGACAUUAAUUACUAACCAAUGAUCAUAUCUAAAUUCUGUUUACUUUCUGGGGGCGUUGCCCUGAGCCCCCGCGAGAGGGGGCGCUGCCCCCUUGACCCCGUCGCGAAGCAGCAAACACAAAUGGAGGUGGUAAGUCAUUUGCAAAGACAAACAUGAAAAUAACUAUGAAAAAUAUCUAAGAAGCGAUAGUGCAGCCAUAAGGUUUGUGGUGUAAAUUUAAUCUAUUAUCUGGUCGCCCAGUUCAAAGUAGACUUGGAAACAGGUUGAAACAGUCAGAUUCAAAUUCAACCCGUUAGUUAUAUAGUAAUCAGGAUCAAAUAAUCAUUAACAAGCUUUCUUUAUAGCUGCAGCCUCCAUGCACAUUCUUCAUUUGCUCAUUUAGGUGGACUCCCAACAUACUUUGCGUCCUCCAUCCACAUUUUAUAGCUGUAAUCUCAAUCUUAUUUUCUAUUAUAUUAUAAAUAAUUUAUUUUUAUUUUUAUUUUAUCUUUAAAAUUAUAUCUACUUUAAUAGCAUUCUCUAUUCUCCUUUCUAUUUGAUUUCCUAUUUUAUUUAUUUAUUAAUAAAUUUUAAUUUUAUUUAUUUUACUUUAUAUGUAAUUUUUACUAUUAUAAAAUUUUAUUAUUUAUUUUAUAAUUUAAUAAUAAAUAUUACCAUAUUAAAUAUUAAUAAUAUUUACUAUAUUUUUAAAUUAAUUUACUAAUAUUUUUUAAAAAUAAUUAUUUAACAAAUUUGUUUGAAAUAAUUACAUAAUAAAUAAUUAAAUAUACACAUGCACGUAAUCAAAAUAAUUAAAUAUACGCAUACAUAAAAUUAAUAAUUAAAUAUACAAAUCAAUAAUUAAAUACACAAUAUCACUCAUUUAAUAAAAAAAUAAAUAUAAAAUACCUCAAAAUCACAUACUAGUGUUCGAUCUACUUGAUAAAAAAGAAAAUAUUGAUGUUGUUGCUGGUUCUACUUCUCAUUGUCGCCUCUAUUGGUCGUCAUCGUCGUCAAAUCUUGUCACUUUUUGGUCGAUUUAGCUUUUGUCACGCUUAGUUCUUUCUGUUCUUGCAUUGAUGGGAUGGGAGAGAGAUAGCUAGAAAAUUUCAAUUGCUAAUUGUGGUGAGGCUUUUUGAUUUGGAGAGAAGAUUUUGCCAUCGUUAGAAUUAGCUUUACAAAUUAAUUAUUUUUUUUUUAAUUUUAUAGAGGCGGUGAAUAUUAAUUAAUUUGGACGACACUCAGCAGCUAAAUCUGUUUUCUUUUUUUUAUUUCUCUAGGGGAAUCUAUCAUUUUAUUAUUAUUUUUUAUUUUGUUACCGAAUCCUUCUCCAUUCUCCCUAAAACGGCGUCGCUUGACAAGGCAUACCAAUUUAUGGCUCCCGCCACAUCGUUCUCUCUCUCUCAACCGCCUUCUACGCUAAACGCCUGGUUUCGCCUGUAGGGAGAGAGAGGGAGGAAGAGAGAAUGCCAGAAAGAGAGAGAGACAGAUCUCUUCCCUUCCCACUUUCUCUCCAUCCAAACACCUCUUAUCCCCAAUUUCCUUCUCCAAGUUUUCAUCGCAGAGAAAACCGAGAAAGAAAUCAUGAGCGUCAUCGACAUUAUUUUCCGCGUCGAUGUCAUAUGCAAGAAAUACGAGCGUUACGAUGUCGACAAGCAGCGAGAACUCAAUGCCUCCCCCAACGAUCCCUUCGCUCAACUGUUCUCCGCCGUCCAGUCUCAAAUCGAAGCCGCUGUUCUCAAAUCGGAGGCGGCUGCGAUGGAGACGAAUCGAGCCUCUGUUGCCGCGAUGAAUGCGGAGAUUCGUCGAGCAAAGGCUCGGAUGAUGGAGGAAGUUCCCAAGUUACAAAAAUUGGCUCUCAAGAAGGUCAAAGGGCUUUCCAAAGAUGACCUGGCCAAUCGUAGCGAUAUCGUUAUUGCACUGUCGGAGAGGAUUCAAUCAAUUCCAGAUGGAACCACAUCUGCAAAGCAAACAGGAGGCUGGGGAUCUUCAUCUCAUAAAAAUAUCAAAUUUGACUCAGAUGGGAACUUUGGUAGUGAAUUCUUUCAACAGAGUGAAGAAUCAAGUCAAUUUAGGGAGGAAUAUGAAAUGCGGAAAAUUAAGCAGGAUCAAGGUUUAGACAUUAUAUCAGAUGGCUUGGAUACUCUGAAGAAUUUGGCCCAUGAUAUGAAUGAGGAAUUGGAUAGGCAAGUUCCACUGGUUGAUGAAAUUGAAACAAAGGUGGAUAAAGCUACAGCUGAUCUUAAGAAUACAAAUGUUAGGCUGAAGGAAACAAUUACUCAGCUGAGGUCUACACGGAACUUCUUUAUUGACAUCAUUCUGCUGUGUGUUCUUCUUGGAAUUGCAUCUUAUUUAUACAAUCUGCUGAGGUAGAGUAUGGAAGGAGCCUCCGCAUAUAGCUCUUGGUGGUCUUGAGUGUUGUCUGGUGUUGUAUUUAUCCAAUAUGUUUGGGUGCUUCCCUCAUACAAAUCUUGAUGUCCUGAAUUUCAUUUUCAGGGUCUUCCCCUCUUCAAGUUGUGGGUUGUUGUCUAUAUUACAGAUUCAUUACCUGAGAAUGGCGGUCACCUAAUUUUAGUUCACUGUAGCCUUUACUUGUGUUAAAGUGGAGCAUACAAAUAAAGUCCAGGGAAAGACUUGUUUCUUUUCAACUAAAGAACUCUUUAUAUGAUUAAAAUGUGUUUGACAUCAUGAACUUUUUAAUCUUAGAGAGAUGA